AUGACAUCAGUAGAUGAAUUCUUUUUUCUGGGGUUCCCUGGGCUUGGUAGGCUCAGAUUUCUUCUCUUUAUUCUUAUAUUGACUACAUAUACUGUGACAGUGCUCCUGGAUACUAUGGUUAUAAUAUUAGUAUCAACCAGAGAAAGUCUACAUUCUCCCAUGUACUCAUUCCUCAGAAAUUUCUUAUUUUCAGAAAUGUGUUUUGUGACUGUUAUUGUCCCCAAUAUGUUACGUAUCAUAUGGAUGGAUGGAGCCACCAUAUCUGUCAUUGGAUGCAUCACUCAGAACUACUUUUAUGCAUGUUCAGGUACUUCUGAAUGUUACCUUCUCACUGCAAUGUCCUGUGACCGAUACUUGGCCAUAUGUAAACCCUUACACUAUAACACAAUAAUGAGCCACAACCUUCAAUAUUUCUUGGUUAUCUUUUGCUGGGCGUUUGGUUUUCUUUUGGCCUUCAUCCCAGUGUGUCUUCUAGUAAUGCUCAAGUUCUGUGGCUUGAAUGUCAUUGACCAUUACUUUUGUGACCUUGCUCCUUUUGUGAACAUUGCUUGUUCAGAUACUUCAGCCCUGCAAUUCUAUACUUUUCUUCUAAUCAAUGUCAUGGUUACUAUUCCAUUUGUUUUAAUCAUUAUAAGUUAUAUGUGCAUUUGUGUAGUUAUACUUAGGAUGCCGUCCAUCGGCAGUAGGAAGAAAGCUUUCUCUACCUGUAGCACUCACCUCUUGGUUGUGGGGAUAUUUUAUGGAGCUGUAUUCAUAAAUUAUUUUACUCCAAUGAAAGGACAUUCAAUAGCCAUCAACAAAAUGUUAUCAGUUGUGUUUAAUGUGAUAACACCAUUGUUCAAUCCCAUCAUAUACAGCCUGAGGAGUCAGGAUAUGCAUGCUGUGAUAUUCAGUUCUUUGCAGGGGUGGACUUGA